AAAACCUCAGAAAAAGGCCGCUGCAUCUCCCUAGAGUAUGAGGGAGUUCUGACCAGCCCCCCAUGGGCUCCCGUCUUGAUGCAACUUCCAGCGCGGUGCGCAAACGGAUACACAAUCACAGCUUCGACAAUGAAGAAGGUGAAGAGUAUGAGGCUUCAGCUUUCGGUGGCUUUGGGGAAUAUUUCCGCCGAAAGAAGGCCAAACUGCAGAAUCUUGAUAGCGAGCUUCGCUCCUCCGCGGUGGAAGAUAACUGCCCCCAGAUCUUCCAGUCUGUCGUAGCUCACGUCAACGGCUAUACCCAACCCUCGCUACAGGAUCUUCAUAAGCUUAUCGUGCGCCAUGGAGGCGGGUUCCUCCAGUACCUUGAUGGCAAAACAGCUGCUACUCAUAUUAUUGCAAGCUCGCUCACUCCGAAGAAGCGGGAAGAGUUCCGGCGGUAUCGCGUUGUAAAACCUGCCUGGGUGGUGGAAAGCGUCAAAGCCGGUCGUAUGCUUCCAUGGGACCUGUUCAGACUUGUAGAUGAAGGGCAGGCACAGAAAGUACUCAACUUUGACAAUGGGCUCAUGGUCAGCCAAAUGAAUAAUCCGCAAACUGGUUACCAGGAGGAGAGCAAAUCCAGUUGGUAUUCCUCUCACUUUAAGACAGCAAAAUCACAACAAGAGCAAGACUCAGGCCCAUCUAGCACUUUUAGUAGCCCGGAUAAAGCGCUAAAUGUCGGGUCACAGUCGGACUAUGGUGACUUUCCAAGCUUUACUUCAAUGGAUGAAUCAGCCAAAAACAUCGAACCCAACGGGUCCCGGACGAUCCAACUACAGGAGACAGCAUUAGAAGUACAUAACGCCACGUCUCGUACUGCCCGUAGCCCUACCCCAGCAGACCAAACAGCUGUACCGGAUACUACCUCGUCUCCUAUAACGAAACCGGCAUCUCCCAAGUCAGAGUUGACCUCUGAGGAGUAUAACGCCCAACUUCUAUCGGAUCCGAGAAUGAGAAACUCCAGCGUGGCAAACCCGGAAUUCAUCCAACAAUACUAUCGGGAAUCUCGACUACACCAUCUUUCCACGUGGAAGGCGGAGUUGAAGGCGCAGUUGCAGUCUACAACUCAAGAGAAAUCACUAUCCCAGCCUGAGAAAAGGAAGCUUAUCCCCGGGACGAGGAGGUAUAUAAUGCAUGUCGAUUUUGACUGCUUCUUUGCGGCAGUCUCCACCUUGAAACAUCCGGAGCUCGAAGGGAAACCCGUUGUUAUUGCUCAUGGCACCGGUACCGGGUCCGAAAUUGCCAGUUGCAAUUAUGCCGCUCGUGCUUUCGGAAUCAAGAACGGUACAUGGAUGAAGUCUGCUUUGCAGGCGUGCCCUGAUUUGAAGGUCUUGCCCUAUGAUUUCCCAGCAUACGAAGAAGCAAGUCGAAAAUUCUACAGUGCCAUCCUGUCGGUCGAUGGUCUAGUUCAGAGUGUGAGCAUUGACGAGGCUCUUGUGGAUGUCACUUCCGUCUGUCUCACCGCCGGUGGCUCAGAUGGCAAGGGCGUGUCUGAAGGGUCUAUCUAUCGGGAACAAGCUAAAGCCGAUGAAAUUGCGGAGAAUUUGCGGGCUACUGUGAAAAUCGAGACGGGGUGUGCUGUCUCCGUAGGAAUAGGCGGCAACAUACUACAAGCAAAGGUUGCCCUACGAAAGGCAAAGCCAGCAGGCCAAUUUCAGUUGAAACCUGAAGCCGUGCUCGACUUUAUUGGAGAUCUUCCAGUACAAAACCUCCCCGGGGUGGGAUACAGUUUGAACGCCAAGCUAGAAGACCUAGGUGUCAAGCUCGUCAAAGACAUUCGCGAGUUAUCUCGCGAAAGGCUAGUGUCUAGCCUAGGUCCCAAAACAGGGGCUAAGCUCUGGGAUUACGCCCGUGGUAUCGAUCGAACGCAAGUUGGCAAUGAAACGACAAGAAAGUCAGUAUCCGCAGAAGUCAACUGGGGCAUUCGAUUUGUCACCCAGGACCAAGCAGAUGAUUUCAUCAAGUCUUUGUGCGAAGAGCUUCACCGGCGGCUGGUUGAGAAUCUUGUCAAGGGCAAGCAAUUAACUCUUAAAGUCAUGCGGAGAUCGCCCGAUGCCCCGUUGGAACCAGUGAAGCAUCUGGGCCAUGGGCACUGCGAAGUAUUGAACAAAAGCGUUAUGCUCGGCAUUGCCACCAACGCAACGGAGGUGCUUGGGAAAGAGGCUGUUUCCAUGCUUCGAAGCCUUGGCAUUUCACCUGGAGAUCUCAGAGGUUUAGGUGUUCAGAUGACCAAGCUCGAACCUUUCAGGCCUUCGAGUGGGGAGAAGCUCGACGGCAGUCAACAGCAGCUCACGUUCAAGACGUCUCCCAGCCACAAAGGGUCGCGACUCACCGAAGACCCAGACCUUCUAGAGAGUCCGCGCAAGGAAGAUCAGGAAUCCAUUCGAUACGGCCCCCUGUUGAACGACAGCAAUCACCGGCCUUUGAAUAUCUCAGGAACGCAGUUCAUCAUGCCCUCGCAACCAGACCCGAAGGUCGUUGCUGAGCUCCCUAGUGACAUCCGGUCCAAGCUCGUCUCGCAGGGCAAGCCUCGCAAUGAAUUUGGCACUACUCCAGCGCCGCAUCGCGCACAAUCAUCCACAUCCACAACUCUUCCUCCACAAUCUCAAUUAGACCCAGAAACCCUAGCCGCCUUGCCCGAAGAUGUCCUAGCAGAGAUUAUGGGAUACUAUAACCAGCCCCCAGAUACAACAACCCCUCCAACAGCACCUUCACUUCCGACAUCCAGACCAACCUCAUCCUCGGGCCCGUUGAUGCUCAAAAAGUCUACCACGCCCACCAAAAAGCGCCGUGGCCGUCCUCCGAAGUCCAGCAUCACCGCCACCUCUUCUUCCCUGACCCAAUCCAAAUUCAUCUUCCCACGAUCUGGCCAACGUUCUGCUUCCCGUCCCGCUCAGCCCCCGUCUCGUAAUCCCUCUCCAGUAGAAGAUGAAGGUCCCAACAUCUCCGCCGAAUUCCUCGCGGCCCUCCCCGAAGACAUCCGCCGGGAAGUUCUAGAAGAACAGAAACGCACCCGCAUGCUGCAGCGUCCCCCAGCUCAAUCCGCGCCGACGCCGACACUUUCCCUUCCGCCUCCCCCACCCACCCCUCCAGUCCAAGAAAAGCAACUCCGUCUCCCUCCUCUCCCUGAGCGCCCUACAUUCACCUCGAAAAAACUUUCGAAUAUCUCAGAUCUCCGUGAUGAAGUCAGUGCCUGGCACACCGCUUUCGCAGAUGAGGGACCUUUCGAAGAAGACGUCACGUCCCUGGUGGAGUACGUGAGAUGCGUUGUUGUUGAUGAAAAGGAUGUAGAUAAGGCCGUGUCGUUGGUGAAAUGGCUCAUGUGGCUUGUGGAGGAUGGUACGGAGAGCCCUCCUAUGUCUAUAAGCUCUCAGCCAAAACACGGUGAAGUGCCAAGUUGGCAGGGCACCAUGACAUGGAAUGAGACCGUUCGGUGUGUUCAGGAUAGUGUCCAACAAGGCAUGGAGGAGAGAGAUCUCCCGCAUGUCGAGUUCUGAUUUUAUUUUUAAUGACUUGAUGUUAGUCUUUUAUAUAUGUAUAUAUAUAUAUAUAUCUGUAUAUAUCCAACCCAAGCUUCUGCCCGCUUGGUGUCCAGCGGGUUUACCUUUUCCCCAUUCACGAGAAGCAUCGUGUCAUCCAGUCGGGCGUAGUACUUAUACGCUUCCAGAGUGGGGAUGCUUCAGGAAUAGGUCUUUGGUAGCAUAAGCGCCGUCAGGUCGGUUCGACAUGGCCUUGGACGGGCCAGCCAUCAAGGCAAACCAACUCCAAGACUCCAGGAGGCAGCUCUCUGGGUUCUGGAAGAUCGGUUGCGGAAGGCCAGUGGACCCGCUGGAAUGAAUAAUCCAAGCGAUAUGAGCGG